AUGUCGGCCUGUACUAUUUCCCCCAAGCAGAUACUAAAACGAGAGUUGUCGCAGCGGGAGUAUGAGUUGUUGCAAGAAUGGGCUCCAGAAACCCUGAAGGAUUACACCCUUCCCAAGCCUAAUCCUCCCAUGAACCGAUUGCCCCAGUACCAGACGGUGCCCAGCCAACUUCAAGGCCCGAGCCCCCGACGCUCUAAGGUUCGAUCCUCGUCUGUCUACGAGGAAUGGAAGUCUCAGGCUUCGCAUGGAAGGACCGUGAACGAAACCCCGACCAUGGCAGUGAGCAAGGAGAAUCAAUCUGACGCGACUGUUUCUCCUACGAAUGCCAGAGUCAAUAGCAACCAGCCUGGCAGUCCGUCAUCUCCAGCAUCUCCCGCAUCUCCUGCAACUUCCGCAGGCGCAAAGCUUUGUCCUCAGGAGCCUGUUAAGAUCGUCACAUCGAACAAUCACUACGCAAAGCCGACUGUGAGCACCAGCAAUCGGUCUAUGACGAGCCCAGUCUCUAAAAUGGCAUCUAAAGCCGGGGAGCAUAGCAACAAGACCAAAGGCUUAGAGAACCGUCAGAGGCCACGUCAGGACAUCAUUGUUUACACGGCCCCGAACGGGUGCAAAGUCCGCAGGGAUGUCCUGUCCAAAUGGUCCCUCGGGAUCAAGACUUCCAACAAGCUUACAAUUUAUUUCCGGCCAAACUUCGUCGAAGACCCGUGGAAAGGUUUGAAACCGGUGCUGACUAUCUCCCAUAAACAUUGGUGGUGA